AUGAACAUGUUGCCACAUCACCAUUAUCAGCAGCCAUUGGAUUUUGAACAAGGCGAUACUACAAUGACAGCAAGCUGUUUUUAUGUAUCAGGGGAUAACGACAAUGUGGUGGAUCAGCAACAGCAACAGCGACAUGACGCUUUGACCACCACAACCAGCUACACAACCGAUUACAACAUCAACAACAACAACAGUGAUAGCAACAACAACAACAACUGGGUAACCAUGCAGACCCCAACAUCGCUUGUGGAACGUGGAGCAUCCGUUUCUGGCAUCACGACAUCGUAUCACCGCAGCAGCAGCAGCAGCAGCCCUGUGUCACCACACGUCAUUGACGACGCUGUUUUGACAGAAAAGGAAAUGGAUCAAUUUCCUAGCGUUCAAGAAUUUGACAUGAUUGUGGAUGGGUACCUCAGCAACCUAUCAAACAAAAAACGCGACAAGGCACUUGUUGACCGACCACGCUAUGCGUUGAUUGCACGUGUGCUGAAAGAUCCCAAAAACACGGCCAUAUCCACUGCUCAAUUCCGUUUUUGGGUUAAAAAGAUGUUUCAGCUUAUGCCAUGUUCUGAUGGAUCCGAGCUCAUAUGUCACGACAAUAAGCCUGUGGCUAUGCGUGAGGACAUGUAUGAUAUUCUUGUUCACGCACAUGCUGUUGCCAAUCAUGGAGGUCGUGAUAAGACAUCAUCCUUGGUCAGGCGUCGUUAUUCAUGGAUUCCUAAAGAAUUAAUUGCACGAUUUGUUCGGCAAUGCCCAUUCUGCAUAGCAAGACGUAAUGGUUGCUCAAGUCCACCAAUCACUCUCUUGCCAACAGCACCACCUGAUUACACAGCAGACUUUUGUGCACGGGAUGAUGAUACCACCUCCACCACGGUUGCUGCAGCAACCAACAACAUGCCAUACCCAUCACAGCCACCACUUGAUAUCAAACCUCUUUUUACCGAAAGUGAUGGAUUCGAUAUAGGAGAGUGGACACCUUCCAAUGAUCAUCACCAAUAUCAACAAAAGGAUGAGGGUGAUCCGCCAUCGUGUUAUCAACAACAACAUUAUCCUGCUACAGGAUUCACACCUUCAUCACCCAUCACCAUUGAUGAUACAGCUUCACCCACCUCGUCAAAUGCAACCGAGUUGAUAACAACAAGCGAUAAAAGCAGCAACAACACAUCCCCAUGUGUCAUAUUCUCGACUGCAGCUGCUGGUGGUCCCUUUAAUACAUCUUCAGAAUCGAAUGAUCAUGGCGAUGGAGAAAAGGGGGAUUCUUCUACUACAUAUCGAUAUCCAUCGGAAAUGUUACCACCGCCAUGCGAUCUUUCACCUGCAUCGCAUCACGAAUGUCAAUACGACCAGCAGGCUGCUGUUGAUCCAUACCCCGACAACAAUAACACCGAGAGCAUGUGUUGCUACAACAAUGCUUCUAGUCCAGAUACCAAUGCUGAGGAAGCAGCAGCAGCAGCAGCAGCCCUGUCUUCUGCAGCACCACAAAACUCGGUGCAUAUUGUGGAUCAUCCGUGCUACGGAGCUAGCUUGGAUUUAUUUUCCAACAACCAAUACAACAUGUAUUUUGCAUACACGGCUACUACUACUACUACAGCAGAGCCAAAAAUAACCAUCCCCACCACAACCACCACUUACGACAUGAACAACGUUCCCUAUGCAGCAUCAACAGCAGCAUACGAUAUCAAUUUAUCACCUUCACCCUCCUCCUCAUUUUCAUCGUCUUCAUCUUCAUGUUCUGUACCAGCAUCGCCAGCAGCAACAGCUCUAUACAUGCCCCAACAACAUCAAUCCACCCUUAUCUUUCCCGAGCAUUACUAA